AUGGCGGAUUUCAGUCACUUAGGCGUUGUUUGUGAAGAAUGGAUUGAUCUUAUCCGAAGUAGUCCACCACCUCCAGCACCAAAAGUGCUUCAAGACGAUUCGCGGACGAGAGAGCUGCAAGAGCAAAUUAAUUUACAAAGACUUAAAGCGUGCCAGAAAGAAUUAGACAAUAUCAAAGAUUGUGUCAUCAACAUUAGGACCGUGGCAAUCCCGACUAUUGAUUUACAUGAAAUUGACGCCCGGAUAUACUACCCUCCACCAAUGGCUUCGAAACGGAUUACAGAGAAGAAGGGCAAUGCGGAGAAGACUCCGGUUCUCCUUUACUUCCAUGGCGGAGGUUUCUUUUCCGGAACCUUACUGUCUGAAGAUGCGACCUGUAUUCGGCUUGCCUGCGCAUCUGGAUUUACAAUAGUGAACGUCAACUACCGCCACACUCCGGAUUGGACGAGCCCUACACAGUUGAAUGACGCCUGGGAUGCUAGAUGUUGGGUUCUUGAGAACCAUAUGGACCUUGGAAUUCCAGCAUUGGAACUUUACGUCGCCGGGACAAGCAGCGGUGCAUGCCUUGCUGCAGGCUUGGUAGCGAAGGAAAGAUUGGUAAGUACGAAACUCGACAAAGCAUCUACAUCGAGAGGCGGGKGGAGGCACGUUCAUAUGUACUUAUUUGUCAAUCUCACUUUCAGCUCAGUCAACCCGAAAUCCGUGGUCACGCCCUCUGGUGUCCGUGGCUAUGCCUCCCAAAUCGCUUUCCCUAUCAUGAAAUCGCCAGCCUGA